UGUCAGUGUCACACACGUGGGGAGUGAACGCCUCACAGCGCCGACCAACAUGGCUGCGUGUAGUGUGGAAGAGCUGCUGGCGAAAGCCGAGCAAGACGAGGCGGAGAAACUGCGCAGCGUUACCGUCCACAAAGAGCUGGACCUGGAGUUUGACGUCGGCAACCUGCUGGCGUGCGACAAGAACCGCAUCGAGUCGCGGGACCUCGGGGGCCAGCGGAGAGACGACUUCCUGCAGUCGCUGGCUCGUGACAACACGCAGCUCCUCGUCAACGAGAUCUGGAAACAGCCCACGGAAAGGGUCGAGGAGGCGAUCGUGGCCAAACUGCCGGAGCCGACGACCCCGCUGCCCAGAGAGAAGCCGCCCCCGAAGCGCAAACCGCCCACGAAAUGGGAGCAGUUCGCCAAACUGAAGGGCAUACAGAAGAAGAAGAAGACCAACCUGGUGUGGGACGAGAACGCCAAGGAGUGGAAGAGGCGCUGGGGCUACCAGAGGGCCCGGGACGACACCAAGGACUGGCUGGUCGAGGUGCCGGAGACCGCGGACCCCAACGAGGACCAGUUCGCCAAACGCGUCAAAGCCAAGAAGGAGCGGGUGGCCAAGAACGAGCUCAACCGGCUGAGGAACAUCGCCAGGGCGCAGAAGAUCAAAGUGCCCGGCGUGGGGCUCACCCCCGUCGCGCAGCAGUCCAAAGACGACCUGUCCCGGGCCGUGACCGUGGCCAAACACUCCACGGCGUCGGUGGGCAUGUUCCAGGACCGGCUGCCCAAGGAGAAGCCCCCGAAGAACACGGGCAAGCGGCGCAAGUUCGGGCCCCUCAUCGGUGACUUCUCCAGCGAGAGGCAGAAGCAGCUGGAGCUGCUGAAGAUCAUGGACAGCAAGAGGCCCAAGUUGGACAUCACCAAGGCCGUCAACAAGCAGAUGAGGGAGGAGGACCGGGAGGAGGCGGCGGCCAGGUACAAGAAGGGGGCAGGGAAGAAAGGACGCAAAGGCGACAUGUCAGGGAAGGGCAAAGGAAAGGGUGGGAAGGGCAAAGGAGGCAAACCGCCAAGAGCAGGAGGCAAACCAGGAAGAGCAGCAGGCAAACCUGCAAGAGCAGGAAAGAGUGGUGGAGGCGGAAACAAGAGAUCCAAACCUGGGAAGCGCUGAGGACUCUAACUUCCAGUGUCCUGUUGCUUCUGGUUGUGCCUUGGCAUCAAAGCGUUGGACCGGACGUUCCAUGAUGCAGAUCGACUGUUCGAUUUCCACUUGUGGAUGAUGUGGAUGAGGAGGGGGGCGGUGGUGUGACGUCAAGACUGUCCAGGAUCUGUGUGGCUUUUUUCCACUCUUUUUUGUAAAUUUGCUUUACUGUACAUUGGUCCCAAUGUGUGUAAUAUUAAUCCAAAAACACUGACGCAUAUUAAAAGCACACGAUUGUG